UCUAAUUCUGUCACCCCCCCUGUAGCUGCACAGCUGCUGCCGCCACUAAGCAGCACCGUGCACGCGCACUCAAAUACAACCAAUUGGGCGCGUUCUGGGGGGGUUCAUGGCACGCACAUUACUCUUCUCUGCCCUGUUGGCAACGCAAUAACACCGCAUCUUGUCACUGGCUGAGCAGUGAGUCUAGGCGGAACUGUGGAUUAGUACACAGCAGAACUGGGGGUGGAACAUAAACCUGCUAAUAGGGGUGACUUUAUUGCUUAUUGAGCAUAAGAACAAACGUCAGGGAGGAAAAGAGACGUUUUGCCAGGAGUAGUUCUAUAAUAAUAAUAAUUAAUCUGCGUCCAGGUGGAAAUAGCGCACCAGGGUCGACAUUGACAGGAGCAGAACUAUGUCACGGUGCUGCACUAACCUCCUAUGGGAUGUAAGGAAGCGAGCUCUGGGAUUGGAUGAACCCGAUGUGGUUCGUAUUAACUACUUAGGAAGAAAAGAGUUUGUUCAGAAGCUGAAAUUGGAAUCGACACUAAGUGUACAUGAUGGAUGUGUUAACUCCAUAUCUUGGUCCAGUACAGGAGAAUAUAUUUUAUCAGGAUCUGAUGACACCACUUUGGUUAUUAGUAAUCCCUACAAUAGAAAAGUCUUGACAAGGAUUCGUUCAGGACAUAGAGCCAAUAUUUUUAGUGCAAAAUUCAUGCCUCUUACCAAUGACAAACAAGUUAUUUCUUGCUCCGGAGAUGGAGUUAUAUAUUAUACAAACAUUGAAAAAGAUGCAGAAACUAACCGACAGUGCCAAUUUACAUGUCAUUAUGGAACUGCUUAUGAGAUCAUGACUGUACCUAAUGACCCGUACACUUUUUUGUCCUGUGGCGAAGAUGGCACUGUGCGAUGGUUUGAUGUGAGAAUGAAAACCAGCUGUACAAAAGAAGACUGUAAAGAUGAUAUUUUGAUCAAUUGCAGGCGUGCUGCAACCUCCAUUACUAUAUGUCCACCUGUUCCAUAUUACCUUGCAGUUGGGUGUUCUGAUAGUUCAGUUAGGAUAUAUGACCGGCGUAUGCUUGGAACAAGAGCCACAAACAACUUUGCAAAUCGCGGUACUACCGGAAUGUGUGUACGAUUUGUUCCUUCUCACCUUUCCAACAAAUCCUGCAGAGUAACCUCCUUGUGCUAUAGUGAGGAUGGCCAAGAGGUUCUUGUGAGCUACUCAUCAGAUUAUAUUUAUUUGUUUAAUCCCAGAGAUGACCAAGCAAAAGCACUUAAACUUGCUUCAGCUGAUAAGAGAAGGGAAGAGGCACGACAGCCUCCUGUUAAACGUCUAAGGUUACGGGGAGAUUGGUCUGACACUGGACCACGAGCAAGACCUGAGAGUGAACGUGACAGAGAGGGUGAUCAAAGUACCAAUGCAACAUUAAUGCAAAGAAUGUCCGACAUGCUGUCUCGGUGGUUUGAAGAAGCUAGCGAAGUUGCGCAAAGCAACAGCAGAAGACGAGGAAGAACUCAAAACAGAGCAGGCAAUUCACAACCAAACCCCCAAGCUUCAACAUCAACUAGCAGCCAGGAUCCACAGACGUCUGAAGCAGCAACUACAUCUAACCAGGAUUCACAUUCUUCUACAUCAACGAAUGAUACAGAAAGUCGUUUAUCAACUUUACACGAGGGCGAUGAACAGCCGCAAUCAUCUACGGCUACAUCUGACCAAUGCAGUAAUGUUUCAGACGAAUCUCCUUCUGUGAUUAGCAAAGCGCUGGAAUCCAUGUCACUUGAUGAACAUCAGGAAAGUGCUAAGCGAGUCCCAGAAGUAGAAGCGAGCGAACCGGUUUUACAGUUGCACUACAGCACCGAAGGGACUACUACAAGUACAAUAAGACUGGACUUCACAGAUGAAUGGAGCAAUACAGCCUCAAGUUCAGUUGCUGUGAAAGUGGGGAAAAAAGAAGACUGUACAACAGUGGAGUCCAUGCAAACAGGGGAACUUGAAGGCACAUCUGAACAAACACCAAGCCAGGAAAGGGAAAAAGCUGUGAGCAGUGAUUUGGAAAUGGAACAAAAUAAUCCACAGAAAGAGUCUGAUGCUCAGAAUGUUGAAACCAAAAGAGAGGAACAUGCAGAAACAUCUGAAAAUCCUACUCCAGUUCAGCCAUCUUCUAUGAGCUCUGCUGGUCAAGAAAUAGACAGUGAUGAUGAUACCGUUCGUUUUCCAAGAGCUCAGUCAUCACAAAAUAGAUUAGAUGUUGCAGCACCAUCUGUAAGUGAUAGAUUAAUGAGGAGAUCUGCUGCAGCACGUAUUCAGGAACUCUUUAGAAGAAGAAAAGAAAGGAAAGAGAUGGAAGAAUUGGAUAUGCAAAAUGUGCGGCAACCUUCUCCAAACGUUGUAUACAAAGGCCAUAGGAAUUCUCGAACAAUGAUCAAAGAGGCUGGUUUUUGGGGUAAAAACUUUGUGAUGAGCGGCUCUGAUUGUGGUCACAUCUUUAUCUGGGAUCGACAUACUGCUGAACACUUAAUGCUUUUAGAGGCGGACAAUCAUGUGGUCAACUGUCUUCAGCCUCAUCCGUUUGACCCAAUUUUAGCAUCAUCUGGAAUAGAUUACAAUAUCAAGAUAUGGUCUCCACUUGAACAGGCAAAGUCCUUUAACUGGAAGCUUGCUGAAGAGGUAAUAUCACGUAAUGAAUUAAUGCUAGAAGAGACCAGAAAUACAAUUACAGUUCCAGCGUCCUUCAUGUUACGGAUGCUUGCUUCACUUAACCAUAUCAGAGCAGGGUUGCCCUUGCGCCAGGGUGAAGAUACAACAGAAAGUUCUGUGGUUAUCUUCAAAAUAACCGAAAUCUCAGUUCCACACCAGCCAUUUUCUCUUCAUCUAUCCUUCAUAGAACACUCCCAGUUAAUGGCCAUCAGUGGCUUCGGCAUCCUACUGAUAGUAAUAUUUGUAGUGUGUGCACUUUACAAGCGCAUUAGUGAAUGCAUAAAGAAAAAACCCACUGAUGUAGAAAAUACAGGAAAAAGAAAGAUCCGUAAGAAAAAGAGAAAGAAGGAAAAGAAAGAGAAGCACAGAGGGGAGGAAAGUGUUUCAGAGACAGACCCAGAAAAGAUGUCAGGGUCUGAAAAACAAAUAAAAGAGAAAGUGGACAAAGCUGUACAGAAGGUGGAGACAGAAGAUAAAGCUGUACAGACAGAAGAGUGAGAUCCAGAGGAAAAG